AUGGUCAAGAACGUGGUGGUUGUUGGUGGAUCCUAUGUCGGGCGAGCUACAGCCCAAGAGCUGGCGAAGGUGGUCCCCAGUACGCAUAGGGUACUGCUGAUCGAGCCUCACAGUCACUUCCACCAUCUAUUCACCUUCCCUCGAUUUGCAAUCGUUCCAAAUCAUGAGCACAAGGCGUUUGUCCCCUACAAGGGUCUGUUCUCGUCGGUGCCGAACUCUGCCGAGCAUGCCGUUGUCCACGCACGAGUCCUGUCGCUGCAGCCUCAGCAUGUCAAGCUUGAUCGGGAAUGGGAGGGGUCCGACCAAAUACCUUUCGAGUACUUGACGGUUGCCACAGGGACGUUACUCUCUAAGCCAGCGGCGAUGAGCAAGGACGACAAGCAAUCCUCCGUGGAGUAUUUGAAGCAGCACCAGAACAGUGUCAAGCAGGCGAAGUCCAUCCUCAUUGUUGGCGGUGGCGCCGUUGGCGUCCAAAUGGCGACAGAUCUGAAGGAAUACUACCCCGACAAGCAGAUCACCGUGGUCCAUUCGAGGGUGCAUCUGAUGCCUCAAUACCACCACAAGUUCCAUGACCUCGUCCAGAAACGCUUUGAUAAGCUGGGCGUCAACGUCAUCACUGGUGCCCGAGUCAAGAUACCAUCAGGUGGAUUUCCGAACAAUGGCUCUCCGUUCGAGGUAGAGCUCACGAACGGACAAAAGGUAUCGACCGAAUUCGUGAUACUGGCCACCGGCCAGACUCCUAACAACAGCCUAGUGGCCGCGUUGGAUCCUGAAGUGCCCAACACUGUCAUCAACCCGGAGAACGGCUACAUCCGUGUUCGAUCUACUCUGCAGUUCCUGGAUGAAAAAUAUCCUCAUCUGUUCGCCGUUGGCGAUAUCGCUGACACGGGGGCUCAUAAAGCCGCACGGCCAGGAGUUGCGCAGGCGGCUGUUGUUGCGAAGAAUGUCCAGGCCCUGAUUGAAGGGCGAGAACCCACAGAGAAAUACGUACCUGGACCUGCAGGCAUCCAUCUUUCUCUGGGCAUGAAAGCGAAUGUCAUAUUCCGCAAUCCCAACAAAGCGCAAGGGGAAACUGAGCCCACAGUCAUGGAGAAAGACGAUGGCCAAGAGGACAUGGGCGUUGAAGGUAUCUGGAAAAGGCAUGGUGUUGAGAUCAACAGCCCUCAGCAGUAUCACUUGUAA